AGAGAGAGAGACAGACAGACAGAAAAUUAAUGUUAACAUAAAUAGCAGGCACCCACAGAAACUGGAAACUGAGGAACAAUAAGGGCUCUUGCCGAAGGACCGACAGACAGAGCUGUGCCCAUUGCUCUGGGGUUUCUGUUUGAAUAGACAGAAAUCCGCUUAAAGCACCAUGUCGUCAGAGCAGAGCGAGACAUCACCCUCACAGCCACCUCACUUGCCUCGAGCACAGGUGUCCCCUCCUUUACUCUACUGCCGUGACAGUCCCAAAACUUGGGAGCGCAACAACUCUCUCCUGGGGGACCUGCCCAGUCCUCUCCCCACCAAACGCACCCGUACCUACUCUGCCUCCGCCCGGGCAACUCUUGGCCCCAUCUCCAAGGGCAAGUGCAAGUGCUUCUCCAGGUCACAGGGUCACGGGUUCAUCACCCCCUCGGAUGGGAAGGAGGAUAUCUUUGUGCACAUCUCUGACAUCGAGGGGGAGUACGUGCCGGUGGAAGGAGAUGAAGUCACGUACAAGGUGUGCGCCGUCCCGCCCAAGAACAUAAAGUUCCAGGCCGUCGAGGUGGUCAUCACCCACCUGGCCCCGGGAACCAAGCACGAGACCUGGUCUGGGCAGAUCAUCGACUCCUGAGGCAGCGGGCAGGCACUGGGAGCAGGUUGGGAUCUGAAGGUCUGAAAGACUGGCUCCUCCAUCAACAGGACUUUUUAAACAGCAAAUCGACACAAAAUUAAUUGUGGGGAGAAUAUGUGAUUUGUGAGUUGUGUAUUGUAAUAGACUUUACAGGUUAUGGUUUAAAAAAAGGAUUAUAUAUAACACAAAGCUAUAGGCUAGGGAAGGGGGUGUGAGAAUGGCUUUAUCUCUCAUCUUUAACCAUAUUGCUCCUGCCGGCUCCUCCGAAUAGGCCCCAAGGCUAAUAAAUUCUACUUAAUUAAGGCAGAAUCUACUUUGUUUCCCGGUGGAGGGUUCGUUUCAACUUUAAGGUAGCUCUCCUGCUGCCUGGAAGCAUUGGACCAGGAGUUGGUCUUUGAGCCCCACCAGACCAGACAUGAGAUGGUGGUCGAAAGAUGUCUUCAUCUCCCUGUCCUGGUCCUCGUUGUCAAAGAGUGAUGUGUAUAUCCCAGCACUGUGAAACUUUCAGUCUGUCCUUUCUGGCCCCUGCAACUUUAGGGAUAACGAUCUGCUGGUUUCUAUUUGUCCGUGCAUGAAGCCCUUUCUCAGUUGAAUGACCCCAUUCCAAGGAUUUUGUUCAAGCAGAAAUAGUUUCCAUCCAUUUACCCCAUUGAAUCCCUUAAUCAACCCGAAAUCAGACCAUCCCUAAAUCUGCCAAAAUCUUAGCAGAAUCAGGAAAUCUGCUUGCGUAGUACCACACUUCUUUAGCAUCCCGCAGCCGAAAGUCUGUUUCUUCUUCCUCUCCCUCCGCAGGAGCGAAACACAAUAGCAACAUUUCCCAUGGAAAGAGAAACAGUUAAUGGUUCAGGCCUGGGACCUUUCAUCAGAACUGAUUGAGUGGUUAAGGGUCCCAAACCGUGUAACGUUAAAGAUUCCUCUCUCCACAGAUGCUGCCUGACUUGCUGAGAUUUUCCUUUUCUUUUACUUUGGCUUUCUGGUGUUAGAGAGAUUCAUUUUUCAGGAGUUGUUUCUCAUUAUUACAUUCAAAUUGGGGGUUUGACCAGAGGGAGUCACCCUCGAGUUCAGAUACCAGGCCACAGGGUAUAAAAUAAUUUCCUGUACAAUGUCUCCAAUUCGCUCACCCCAGGCCCCAUCGCCCUGCCUAUUUCCUGUCCACCCUCUGCUGCAUUUGUCUAUCGCCUGACCCCUCCUCCUAUUGGUCCUGCACUGUUCCCAUCUCCCUUCCUUGAUUCCAUGCCUUCCCUUCCCGAUCAGAUUCCAUCAUCUUCAGCCUCUUGUUACCUCCCAGCCUCUGUCACUAUGUCCACUCUUCCUUCCUCCAUCUGCCUCUCACCCUUCUCACCUGAAUCACCCCACCCCCUCCCCUUACCCUUAUGUACUGUCCACCUCCCCCUCGUGUGGCGCGUGGCUAGUGGUUAGGGCGUUGGACUAGCGAUCUGCGGGUCGUGAGUUCGAGCCCCAGCCGGGGCAGCGUGUUGUGUCCCUGAGCAAGGCACUUAACCACACAAUGCUCCAGUCCACCCAGCUGCGAAUGGGUACCGGCAAAAUGCUGGGGGUCAAACUCACGAAAGACUGGCAUCCUAUCGGGGGGGGGGGGAGUCUCGUACUCUCAAUCGCUUCACGCCAUGGAAACCGGCAUAAACACUGGCCUGAUGAGCUUAAAAGGCUCGGGACAGCCUUUAACUAACCUCCCCCUCUAUCUCUCAUACAAGGUAAAUGGUCUCGACCCGAAACGUCCAUUGCCCAUUCCCCUCCACAGAUGCUGCCUGGUCUGCUGAGUUCCUCCUGCAUUUUUGUUUGCACUCUAGAUUCUGGCAUCUGCAGUCUUGUGUGUCUGUAUUCCAUUUUGUGGGGCGGGGGUCAGACCAUACUGUCUUGAGUUUUCCUGUCGAAUGACCUUCCCGGGACAACAGGCCUCACCAGGUUAAUCAACUCUUUAUCGCCUCCAUCCACCUCUAUCCACCUAGUCAAAAUUCCAAUUCUCUGAGGUUUAACCUAUCUUCUUCUUUCCUUCGCCUGGAUGUUCCCAAUAUUACUCGUCUGAAUUCCGGGGGGAAUUGGGUCUGGGGUCACCAGCUGCCCUGAGCCAGUCCUGCUGCAGCUCACCUGGACUUUGAAGCAAUUGCUUUUCCUGUUGUCUGAUGGGACCAGGGAUUCACAGGGAUUUAGGCACUUUAUUCGACCAGGAAUUCAGGCACUUUAUGGGACCAGGGAUCCAGCCACUUCGUCCCACAACAAUUUUGUGGGACUUGGUUGCCGUUCAGCCCUUGCCUCCCAGUUUCUGUCGAACAGGGACAGCAAGCUGGCACAGCUGGCACCGCUGCCUUGCAGCCCCAGGAGACCCAGGUUCAAUCCAGACCUCGGGCACUGUCUGGGUGGAGUUUGCACGCUCUCCCUGUGACCACGUGGGUCACCCCUGGGUGCUCCAAUUCCUUCCAGCGAUGUGCAGGUUGGCAGGUUAAUGAGCUAGUGGGUGGAAGAAUCAGGGGGAGCUGACGGGUGAGGCGGAGGAAUAUGAGAGAAGAUGAUUUGGAUGGAGCCAUUACGGGAGCCGGGCGAUGGAACAACACCCCUCCCUGCACAAAGCUGCCCCUUUGUCCUCUCGUUGGACGGCUGGAGGGGAAGUUAAUCUGUUCAUUACCCAAUCUACAUCACAGUUCCCUCACCAGGCAGCACGGUAGCAUGGUGGUUAGCACAACGGUUUACAGUACAGGUGACCUGGGUUCAAUUCCCACCACUGCCCGCAAGGAGUUUGUAUGUUUCCCUCUGGGUGCUCCAGUUUCCUCCCACAGUCCAAAGUUGGUAGUUGGUUAAUUGGUCAUUGUAAAUUGUCCUGUGAUUAGGUUAGGAUUAAAUCAGAGGAUUGCUGGGCGGAGUAUCCCAGCAAUGUGGGGGUGGAGGAUCACAUCUGGGUCACUCUUCAGAGAUCCUGAUCUCCACUGUUGUCUGUUGUAUUUGCAUCUCCACCGUGAACCAGGUCAGCCUAGUAUAAGUAAGUGAAUAAAAUGGAAUUAAUGUAGGGUUAGUGUAAAUGAAUGCUCAAGGGGUUAGUAUGUACUCAGAGGGCAGAAGGGCCUGUUUCUUUGUGUAGGACUCUCUGUAUGAUGCCAAGAGAGGUCGCUUGAGAGGAUUGAGUCUGUGUUUAUCAAGGGACUCUCAGUAAGUGGGAAAGUUAGGGUUACUGGGUCAAUUUACUCCAGAAUCUUGAGUUGCGUUGCUUACCGUGCGCCUCGGUGAACUUAAAGAUCAAGAGAUCCCAUGGCUCAUUUUCCAGUCUGUGUACGGAGAGCUCGAUAAGGAUCUCCCCCACCCCCCACCACACACACACACACACACUCCAGUCGCCUCUGAGGUUCCGGUAGGGAUCAGGACUGCCGACUCCAUCUCACCCCUCAACUGGACUGAGGUCACCGAGAGUGACCGGUUUCCAUGGCAACUGGGUGGGCGGAUGGGCAGACCAGAGGAGAGCGAUGGAAGUUAACCGGGGAGGAGGUGGGUUGUGGGGGCAGUUGUACUGAGGGACUGAAGGUUAACCCGAUUAUCGACGAGUAGCACGAAUCAUUAUCAUUUCCGGCACUGCUCCGCACGAUGUUUUGGCUUUAUUACAGCUGCACCUUCCUUUUUGUGAGUCGAAUAGAGCUGAUUUCCAUUGUGACCGCUCGCCACGAACUCUGAUGUUGAGACUGAUUAAAACCAGUGAUGGAUCUCUAGAGAGUGAUGGUUUUGCUGGCAAUAAAUACCAAUAAAACACAAUG